AUGCCGGCCUCAUCACCUCCCAGCCUCAACCACUUUCAAUUCACUUUCAACUGUUCAGCUUCUAAUUCUGGAGGGAACAGUUUUAUCGAGCCAGACCCAGACGCACAGAACAUAGACUCAGAGUCUUUGACAGACAGCGUACAGAAUUUCCCUGAAGAAUUCGGUCGUACUUAUCACGCCUACCGGGCUGGUUCAUACGCAUUUCCCAACGAUGAACUAGAACGCGAACGUCUAGAAUUACAAAAUGAGGCCCUGGUAAAGCUGUUCGGUGGACGCCUUUUCUUCGCGCCGCUGUCGGAAAGAACCCCGCCUGUGAGCAUACUGGAUAUAGCGACUGGAACCGGCGACUGGGCCAUCAAGAUGGGAGACUUAUUUCCGCAUGCAGAAGUUAUUGCCACCGAUCUUUCGCCAAUACAGCCUCGGAACGUACCACCCAAUGUCAACUUUUUCGUUGAAGAUUCCUCCGAGCCCUGGGACUACUCGCAGCCUUUCGACUACAUACACACGCGAGUUACCUCUGGGUGCUGGUCUAACUUUAAGGAGCAGAUUGCGGACCAGGCCUUCGAAACUCUGAGGCCAGGAGGCUGGUUCGAGUCUCAAGAGUAUGAUGCUAAUGUUAUGUGUGAUGACGAAACUCUCCCCCUAAACGGCCAUCUUGCGACAUGGUUUCGAGAAAUCAACGAAGCUUCAGUAUUGAUGGGCCGGCCGACAAACGUUGCUGCGACUGUUCGUGAUGCAUAUGUCGAGGCGGGUUUCAUUGACGUUCAAGUGCGCAUUUUCAAAAUGCCCAUGAACGGCUGGCCCAAGGAUGAGCGUUUAAAAGAGCUCGGUCGUAUGUGGGAAAGAAACUUCCUAAUGGGACUCAGUGGUUUUUCUUUUGCCCUUUUCAACCGUGCCUAUGAGAGGACACCGGCGCAGAUCGAGGUUUCGCUGGUUGAUGUCAGGCGAGAACUCAUUGACACACGAAUCCACGCCUACAUACCAAUACACGUUGUAAUCGGACGAAAGCCAUUCCCUGGGGAGAUAUACGCCCCAAGAACGCCAUUUGCAUGA